GGCGCCUCCUGAGUACCAUAUUGAUACGGAUAAAGGCUUUAACUAUUCUCCAGCUGAUGAGGCCUUUGUGUGCCAGAAGAAGAACCACUUCCAGGUCACAGUUCACGUUGGUGUGGCUGCAGAGCCACAUUAUGUCAGAACACCCAGCAGUCUGCAGAAAAUCGACCACUUCCAGAUUAAAGUGUUUGGGAUUAAGCUUGAAACACCCAGCCAUGAGGUGACGAUAGAGCAGUCUCAACCUGACCGCAGCAAGAAGCCCUUCCACCCCGUCAGGGUGAGUUUGCCUUGUGGCAAAAUAACCACAGUAACUCUUGGUCGACUGCACUUUAGCGAGACAACGGCCAACAACAUGAGGAAGAAAGGCAAACCCAACCCUGACCAGAGGUACUUUCAGAUGGUGGUUGGCCUUUAUGCUGCCGUCAAAGAUGAGACUUUUCUCCUGACUGGCCUGGUGUCAGAGAAGAUCAUUGUUAGGGCGUCCAAUCCAGGCCAGUUUGAGACGGACAGCGACACCUUGUGGCAGCGCGGGUCAGCGCCGGACUCCGCGGUCUGUUACGGUCGGGUCGGUGUCAACACUGACUCCCCAGAUGAAGCCUUGGUGGUGUGCGGAAAUGCUAAGGUGAUGGGUGCCAUCAUGCAACCGUCUGACAACCGAGCCAAGCAGAACGUACAGGAGGUCGACUCUGAACAACUGCUUAAGAGAAUCAAUCAGAUGAGGAUAGUUGAAUUUGACUACAGGCCAGAGUUUGCCUCCAACAUGGGAAUAGAUCACACCCAUCAGACAGGAGUGAUUGCUCAGGAGGUGAAGGAGCUGCUUCCAUCGGCGGUCUUGGAGGUCGGUGACGUCGUCUGCUCAGACGGAGAAGUGAUACAAAACUUCCUCAUGGUUGAUAAGGAGCAGAUCUUCAUGGAGAACGUGGGAGCUGUACAGCAGUUGACGAAGCUUACAGACAACCUGGAAACUCGUAUCCAAGAGCUGGAAGGUUGGAACCGCAGACUGGCAAAGUUGAAGAGCCUAACAGGCAGUCUGCGCUCCACCAGCAGUAAAGCUCAGGUCAACGCGUCGGUGCCACCAACCCCAGAACCGGGUAGAGCUGCAACCACUCAGAAAAACGUCUGGUGUCAGAAAUUCAUCCAAAUUCUUCAGAAUAAAAUCUUCCUGGCCAGCAUCUUUACCUUCCUGAUCACUAUGGCUAUCUGUAUAAUCUCCGUUUCAGUUCUCCACCUGGUAACUGUGAAGGCGGUAGACAUUGAGAACCUUCCCAGCACCAGCACUGUAUUGCCUAUGUGGACAGAAGAAUCACCUACAACAGUCUCAGCACCAACAACUGCAGUCCCAAAAACAACGCCUCCGGGUUCCUGGCCUCCUGAUGUGAGCUUCUGUGAUCUGCUGUUCUGCAAUGAGGUGUUCUGCUGCCCUUCGUCUCCAGUGGGCAGCACUUUCUCCAUCAGGCCGACCUCUGAUCCAGCCAUAAACUCAACAAGAACAGGAGCAGGAAAAGAAACAAUUAAUCACCUGAAAGCUACUGGAGACUGGCGAAACACAACCAUUCAUACAUUCAUGAUUAAAGAGAACAACCAGGUGAUUGACGGCAAAUACUGCAUGAGGGAUGAAUGUGGGCCUGGGAGAUACAUUUUUAGAGUUCCUGUCAGCCAGUUUGUCCCUGUCAACAUGAGAGUCACGCUGCUUAUGAAUUCUUCUGAAUUGCUGGUGGUUCAUCUAUGUGAUGUAGAUGAGUCCACCCCUUGUUCUGCAAUAACGAAAGAAAGAGAUGACUCUGAAUAUAGGUACCCAUCAAAUACACAGGGGGAACAUGAGUGGCCUCUUCAUGUGGCUCUCCUCCAUUACAGUUCAUAUCACUUCCGGUCCUCAGUAGCUGGUCAAGCAAACUGCAGUACUGACCACCACUACGCGGGGGCGCUCUUUACAGAUUAUUACUUCCACUUCUACAGACGCUGCACAGAGACAUAAACAUUAGCUUCUUCCUGAAAAUUAAUUAUGACAAAUGAUCUCAUUUAGCAGAUCUCUGCUUUUACUGACAAAAAAACCCUGAAAACUUUUACUACACUGUUGUAAUGUUUGUUUUUCAUAAAUUCCAAAUGCAUUUUAUUGUGAAAGGAGGCAAUUCUUCAGAUUACGUAACUAGUCACAUUAAAUCUGUUUUUGGACAUUUCUUGCUUUGCUGAUCUUGACUCAGAAAAAUUUAAAACAAAAUGAAUAAAAAAAACUGCUGUUUGCAUUUUUUUCCUCAGUGAAGCACUUGAAAGUUUUUCUUUGUUUACGUAAAGCCUGAAUUUGUAGAGUAAUAAAUCUUUGCUCAGGGGCUUAGAAAUGAGAUUAGAAAUGGCUGGUUAGCAGUUUAUACUUCUGUUGGCUACUUAAAGAAACAAAUGUCUUAAAUCUGUUAAGUAUUUGAAAUAUUUCAAUUACUUGAUGUUUCUGUUGUUGUGAGACUAAAGUAGUACACAAAAUGGGCAAAAAAAUUGAAAAAUAUAUAUUUUGUAUCAAAAAUGUGAAAUUACAAUGCCAACUUUAUGAAUUAUUAAAUACAAACAUGGACUUCUGAAACCCAGUCCCAUUUCAUAUCCAGACCUGCAAAUGUUCACUGACCCAGAUUCUGCGGAUUAUUUUGAUGUAAACCUGGGUUGGUGGUGGUUCUGGUCUUACUGGGCCAGUUUCUUUGUUCAGUUUAUGUUAGAUGUUUAGUUUCUGAAAGCCUCCUGAUUGAAAUAAUUUGACCUAUGGCUGGGUUUUACUGACAUCUCAGACAAAAUUUAGUGUUUUCACUCCUGGUUUGAUUGCUGACAAGAUUGCAACAUUUGUUAUAUUUUCAGUUUAUGUAGUUCACUUUCACACUGCACUGAGUCAAACAAAUCACACCCUCUGAAAAACCUGUUCCCCUCCUCGCCUGUAGGGGCGCUGCUCCAAUAACUACUGAAAAAAGCAACACAAAAACUUCAGGAGAAGACACUAACUUUAUUUCCAUUACAAAAGUGCACAAAAGUUUUACAAUAUUCUGCUAAUGUAAAAAAACAAAACAAAACAAAAAAAAAAGUUUUGCAGUUGUGUGGACAGGAUGAAAUGGGAUUGAGUCUAAAUAAUACAAAAAUGCUGUGGUUACCUGAAAGAAGGAUACAGUGACGUCGUGAGUUAUUUAUGAAUGUAAAAGUGUUUAACGUAGUCUUUUCUAUGAGCUGAGUGAAUCCCAACUGCUUUAAUAAAAUAUUUUUAAAUGUU